AUGCCUUCAAAGAAAAUCAUUAAGAAGAGAGUUGCUCCUCCGCCACCAUUGGCUAAGAAAUCGGAGGCACCGAAAAAAGAACAAAAUCCUCUAUUCGAGAAGCGACCACGCAAUUUUUCAAUAGGACAAGACAUUCAACCAAAACGAGAUCUGACUAGAUUUGUGCGAUGGCCCAAGUAUGUUCGUUUGCAACGUCAAAAGGCUGUUUUGAUGAAACGUUUAAAAAUUCCACCACCAAUUAAUCAAUUUCGUACAACGCUUGACAAACAGACAGCGACGCAACUAUUCCGUUUGCUGGACAAAUAUCGUCCAGAAACAAAGCAUCAGAAGAAGGAACGAUUAAAGGCGCGUGCGGAAGCUCGGGUAGCAGGCAAAACUGAAGAAGUAACAAAGCGUCCACCGGUGGUUCGUUCAGGUGUAAACCAUGUCACGAAACUUGUAGAACAAAAAAAGGCACAACUGGUUGCUAUUGCGCAUGAUGUUGAACCUAUUGAAAUUGUUCUUUUCCUUCCGGCACUUUGUCGUAAAUUUAAAGUGCCAUACUGCAUUGUUAAGGGAAAGGCACGUCUUGGUCAAGUUGUUCAUCGAAAGACUACCUCUUGCAUUGCUAUAGUUGAUACGAAUCCUGAGGACAAGAUGGCUUUGUCGAAAUUGAAGGAUACAGUAAUAACGAAUUAUAAUGAACGUGCCGAUGAAAUCCGGAAACAUUGGGGAGGUGGCAUUAUGUCAGCUCGUUCACAGGCAAAGAAGGCACGAAUUGAAAAAGCAAGAGCAAAGGAACUCGCACAAAAAGCCUAA